AUGUCCCUGUGCAUCCCUGUCCCAGUAUCCCCAUCCACAAGGGUGGUGGGGGACGGGGACGGACACCCACGGGUGCUGCGGACCCCACGUGGCGUGUCCCAUCCCGCAGCGCUGGCGGCCGCCUCCCCCGGCGGGGACGAGUGCCUGGAGGAGGACGAGGACGAGCUGGAGCCGGGACUGGACGAAGCGGAGGCCGAGCCGGAGACCGGGAGCGGGACGAAGGCGGCGGGGGGCACCCGGGGGGCCGUGCUCACCCGCCGCGGCAUCACCCUCCGCGUCCUUCUCCGCGACGGGCUCCUCGAGCCGGCCCGCGGCGUCCUCUCCAUCUACUACCUGGGCAAAAAAUUCGUGGGGGACCUGGGGGCGGACGGGACCAUCACCUGGCAGGAGACGGGACAGGUCUUCAACUCGCCCAGCGCCUGGGCCACCCACUGCAAGCGCCUGGUGAACCCCGCCAAGAAGUCGGGGUGCGGGUGGGCGUCCGUCCGCUACAAGGGCCAGAAGCUGGACCAGUACAAAGCCGCUUGGCUGCGCAAGCACCAGCCCAACACGCCGCCCGCCGAGGAGAGCUUGGCCAGCGAGGGUGAGGAGGAGGAGAUGCCUGAGGAUGAAGAAGAGGAGGCGACGAGAGAGGGUCGGGCGCCUGUGCCGGAGCCGACGGCUACCAAAAAAACAGAGGAGAGGAGCAAGAAGCAGCAGUGCAAGAACCUGGCAGAGCCGGCGGGGACGGAUCACGGCCCCCCGGGGAAAAGGCUGGAGAGCAAACCCCGGGUGCCUGUCCGCUACUGCACCCUGGGCCCCCGCGACUCGGCCAGGAACCCCCAGACCCUGGUGGAGGUGACGUCCUUUGCUGCCAUCAACAAGUUCCAGCCCUUCAACGUGGCCAUUUCCAGCAACGUCCUCCUGCUCCUGGAUUUCCACAGCCACCUGACGCGGAGCGAAGUGGUGGGCUACCUGGGUGGGCGGUGGGACACCAAUACACAGUUGCUGACGGUGCUGCGAGCCUUCCCGUGCCGGACCCGCCUGGGUGAUGCCGAGGCCGCCGGUGCCGUGGAAGAGGAGAUCUGCCAGAGCUUGUUCUUGCGGGGGCUGUCGCUGGUGGGUUGGUACCACAGCCACCCCUUCGGCCCCGCGCUGCCCUCCCUGCACGACAUCGAUGCGCAGAUGGAUUAUCAGCUCAAGCUGCAGGGUAGCGGCAACGGCUUCCAGCCCUGCCUGGCCCUCAUCUGCGGACCCUACUAUCACGGUAACCCCGGCAUGGAGUCCAAAAUUGCGCCCUUCUGGGUGAUGCCACCGCCGGAGCAACGGCCCAACGACUACGGCAUCCCCAUGGACGUGGAGGUGGCCUACAUCCAGGACGGCUUCCUCACCAACGAUGUCCUGCAGGAGAUGACGCUGCUGGUGGAGUUUUAUAAGGGAGCCCCCGACCUGGUGAAGUUUCAGGAGCUGUGGAGUCAGGAUCAGACGUACCUGGACAAGCUGAAGGGCUCCCUGGCCUCCCGCACCCCCAAAGACCAGAGCUUCACCCACAUCCUGGAGCAGAUCUACAGCCUCCUCAAGCUCAGCAGCUGA